CAGCUGGGUUUGGUCUGGCAGUCAUAGACUCCCGUUUCCACCAGUUUCAUCAAAAUAAACGGACGCUAUCGACGUCUGGUGACCGUUAACCGGAGGAUUUACCGCCACAUUUUUGGACUCGAGCUCGGUUCUUUUUUUUUGUUUCUUUUUUUUUUACCACCUGUCCGCGUGAAAUUCUUGUUUUAAUUAAUUUUUUUUCUUGUUUGUUUUUGCCUCCGCAUCUGAAGAGAUGUCUGUCGCGGGGUUGAAAAAGCAGUUCCAUAAAGCCACUCAGAAAGUCAGUGAAAAGGUUGGAGGAGCAGAAGGGACCAAGCUAGAUGAUGACUUUAAAGAAAUGGAAAAGAAGGUGGACGUCACCAGCAGAGCAGUGCUGGACAUCAUGACCAAAACUACAGAGUACCUUCAGCCUAACCCAGCAUCCAGAGCCAAGCUGAGCAUGAUCAACACCAUGUCAAAGAUCCGUGGGCAGGAUAAAGGGCCUGGUUACCCGCAGGCUGAGUCCAUCCUGGGCGAUGCCAUGUUGAAGUUUGGACGAGAGUUAGGAGAGGAGUCCUGCUUCGGCUUGGUGCUCAUCGAUGCCGGCGAGGCAAUGAAGGAACUCGGAGAGGUGAAAGAUGCUUUGGACAUGGAGGUCAAACAAAACUUCAUUGACCCGCUGCAGAACCUCCACGACAAAGACCUGAAAGAGAUCCAGCAUCACUUGAAGAAGAUGGAAGGCCGGCGUCUGGACUUUGACUACAAGAAGAAGCGUCAGGGGAAAGUUCAGGACGACGAAAUCAAACAGGCACUGGAGAAGUUUGACGAGAGCAAAGAGAUCGCAGAGCAGAGCAUGUUUAACCUACUGGAGAGCGACAUAGAGCAGGUGAGCCAGCUGGCAGCGUUGGUCCAGGCUCAGUUGGAAUACCACAGCCGCUCUGCUGAAAUCCUCCAACAGCUCUCCAGCAAGGUGGAGGACAGGAUAAAAGAAGUGUCCAGUAAACCAAGAAAGGAGUACACUCCGAAGCCCAGAAUGACCCUGGAGCUGCUGCCACCCAGUGAGAGCCACAAUGGAGGAAUACACUCUGCCAAGUCUCCCGGAAGAUCACCAGCCCCCAUGGACCAGCCAUGUUGUCGAGCAUUGUAUGACUUCGAGCCAGAGAACGAAGGCGAGCUUGGCUUCAAGGAGGGCGAUGUCAUCACCCUGACCAAUCAGAUCGACGACAACUGGUACGAGGGCAUGAUCAACGGCCAAUCGGGCUUCUUCCCCAUCAACUACGUGGAUAUCCUGGUACCGCUCCCUCAUUAGGUCCCGUCAUCGACCUGACCCUUCCCCUUCAACCAAUCCAGAAACCCAGAAAACAGCCUGUACUUGCAUAAACGACAAACCACGCCCUCCCUCUACUUCUUCUUCUGUGCUUCUGUGUGAUUCUGCUUUCACAAAACGGACGGAUAUGAGAGAGGGGCCAGACAAGACCAUAAACGAGUGAUAAGAGGAAAAGAGGAGGAAUAUAGCGUGAGAGAUGCAGAAGAGAAGGAUUGAAAAAGACAGGAAGAUGAAGAAAUGAUGCGCGCUGCUCAGCCUGGAAACACUGGACACUAAUGAGGCUCUGGAGACUUGCAAAUAAGGCACGGUGUAUAUGUAUGUGCAUGUCUGUAUGUGCGUUUCGACCUGUUUGUACUCUGUUAUGAUGAAGCCAGCACAAAUUCCUGCCUGACAGCUUCUUCUCUGUCUUCAUGCUUUCUCUUAAUAUGACUGUCUACCUUGACUCACCUUCUUGUACUUUUCUUUAGCCCUAGAUUUCUCGGCAACCAUCACAGUCAUCCUUACUUUCUCUCCAAUUUUUUUCUCUGUCAUUCUUCCUUCCUUCUUUAGCUAGCAUUGCCUUUUACGUGGCUCCAUUUAAUACAGGGGCUUGUGGCUCAAAU